AUGAGGCUAGCAUCCUCGCUCGAGAGAAACCCUAGGGGUUUGAGGAGCAGAGGUGGAGGGGGUUGGAACGGAGGUGGGGGGGGUUGGAGCAGAGGUGGGGGGUAUCGGAGCGGAGGUGGAGGUGGGGGGGGUUGGAGAGGAGGAGGAAGGAAUGGGCGUGAGGGUGGCGGGUAUUUCUCCUGGGAGAGUCGGGUAGGAGCUAUUUUGGGGGUGAGAGCAGGAGAGGAAGGCACUUUGGAAGGUCCUUUGGAAGGUUCUUUGGAAGGUUCUUUGGGAGGAGGUGAAGGGGAGGAAGGUUCUUUAGGGGUAGUUGAGUUGGAGGGAUCAGGGGGAUUGGUGGAGGGGGAUGGGGGUGUGGGGAGGGGAUCGGUUGUUGUGGGUGGUUUCUUGUCCGAGUCAGGAGAUUUGGGGGGGGAAGCAGGGUCAGGGGAGGAGGUAUUGGUGGUGGGAGGAGAAGUGGAGGGAGAUGAGGGCGCAGUGGAGGGAGAGGAAGGAGAAGUGGAGGGAGAAGAAGGUGAGGGGGAUGAGGGAGGCGAUGAUGCAGAGGGUGGAGAGGAGUCAGAAGGUGAGGGAGAGGAAGGAGAUGAAGGGGAUGAAGGAGAGGAGGUGAGGAGGGAGAAGAGGAGGGGAGCGAAGGAGGAGAUUCACCAGAAGGGCCGUUGA